AUGACAGCUGUCGAAACCCAAAUAACAUACACCAACUCCUACACGAUCCAACAUGAAGACGCGUACAUGACCCAGGAGGAGGACUGGGACAGGGAUCUGCUGCUGGACCCCGCCUGGGAGAAGCAGCAGCGGAAGUUUUUCUCGUCUUUCUCAGGUGAGAGGCUGCCCAAACCCGACAAAGGCAAGAUGCGUUUCCACAAGAUUGCCAAUGUUAACAAAGCUUUGGACUUCAUCUGCAGCAAGGGGGUCAAGCUGGUGUCUAUUGGUGCUGAGGAAAUCGUCGACGGUAACGUGAAGAUGACUCUUGGUAUGAUCUGGACCAUCAUCCUGCGUUUUGCCAUCCAGGACAUCUCUGUGGAAGAGACCUCUGCUAAGGAGGGUUUGCUGCUGUGGUGCCAGAGGAAGACUGCCCCCUACAGGAACGUCAAUGUACAGAACUUCCACAUUAGUUGGAAGGAUGGCCUGGCCCUGUGUGCCCUCAUCCACAGACACAGACCCGACCUCAUUGACUACUCCAAACUGAGAAAGGUGGCCCGUCCUUCCCUACUUUCCCCUCUGUUUUCACUUCUCGAGUGGAUCCGUCGCACCAUCCCCUGGCUGGAGAACCGCGUGGCGGAGCAGACCAUGCGCGCCAUGCAGCAGAAGCUGGAGGAUUUCCGUGACUACCGUCGCGUCCACAAGCCGCCCCGCGUGCAGGAGAAAUGCCAGCUGGAGAUCAACUUCAACACCCUGCAGACCAAGCUGAGGCUCAGCAACAGGCCCGCCUUCAUGCCCUCUGAGGGCAAGAUGGUGUCGGACAUCGCAAAUGCCUGGAAAGGUCUGGAGCAGGUGGAGAAGGGUUACGAGGAGUGGCUGCUGACAGAGAUCCGCCGCCUGGAGAGACUCGACCACCUGGCCGAGAAGUUCAAGCAGAAGUGCGCCAUGCACGAGGCCUGGACUACAGGUAGGUGGUGGAUAGAUUUUGUAUUUUAUUUAGCUCACAAUGUAACGCACUUUAAAGCGAAACGGUCUAUGUACUCGUCUGUUUUGUUGUUUGUCUCUCUCUCCAGUGAGCUGGACUACCACGAUGCUGCUACAGUCAACACCCGCUGCCAGGGUAUCUGUGACCAGUGGGACAAUCUGGGCACUCUCACCCAGAAGAGGAGGGAUUCACUGGAGGUAAAACUAAACAGCAAUCAGCUGCUUAUGUCCUACGGCAUCAAGCUGUCCGGGAUCAACCCGUACACCAACCUCUCCCCCCAGGACAUCAGCACUAAGUGGGACACUGUGAAGCACCUCGUGCCCCUCAGAGACCAAAUGCUCCAGGAGGAGGUGGCCAGGCAGCAGGCCAAUGAGAGACUGAGGCGCCAGUUCGCCGCUCAGGCCAACAUCAUCGGACCCUGGAUUCAAACCAAGAUGGAGGAGAUCAGCCACGUGUCUGUGGACAUCGCCGGCUCCCUGGAGGAACAGAUGAACAGCCUGAAGCAGUACGAGCAGAACAUCAUCAACUACAAAUCCAACAUCGACAAACUGGAGGGAGACCACCAGCUCAUCCAGGAGUCCCUCAUCUUCGACAACAAGCACACCAACUACACCAUGGAGCACAUCCGCGUGGGCUGGGAGCAGCUGCUCACCACUAUCGCCAGAACCAUCAACGAGGUCGAGAACCAGAUCCUGACCCGCGACGCCAAGGGCAUCAGCCAGGAGCAGCUCAACGAGUUCAGGGCCUCCUUCAACCACUUCGACAGGAAGAGAAACGGCAUGAUGGACCCAGACGACUUCCGUGCCUGUCUCAUCUCCAUGGGUUACGAUCUGGGUGAGGUGGAGUUUGCACGUAUCAUGACCCUGGUGGACCCCAACAACACGGGCGUUGUGACCUUCCAGGCCUUCAUCGACUUCAUGACCCGUGAGACUGCCGAGACCGACACUGCAGAACAAGUCAUGGCCUCCUUCAAGAUUCUGGCUUCAGACAAGAAUUACAUCACGGUGGAGGAGCUGCGCAGGGAGCUGCCUCCUGAGCAGGCGGAGUACUGCAUCACCCGCAUGACCAGGUACGUCGGACCGGACUGUCCCGCCGGCGCCCUGGACUACAUCUCCUUCUCCAGUGCCCUCUACGGAGAGAGCGACUUAUAAGCGCAGCUGCUUCUCUUCACGUCCUCCUCCUCCUCCUCACCCCUUCUUCCCAGCUUCUCUUAUUUCUCCUGUAUGGAGAGAGCGAUUUUAAACCCUUCCACUGUCCCUUUAAAACACGUUAUUCUUUUUUUUUUUCUCCCACCACCUUCUCAAAUCUUAACUUUACUCCCCUCCUCCCAUCCCUCUUUUUAAAACACAGGAACACUGCUCAGAGAGGGGAAGAGCAGAAGACUUUGCUCAGACCUCACAAACUCUGUUCAGGCUGUUUAGCUCCUCUCUCGUUUAAAAGAAAAGAAGAAGAAAAAAACAGGUGUACCAGUUAUUGCACUGAACUUAUGUAAGCAGCAUACAUAAUGACAUACCUGCCUUCACAAGGCUUUAAAGAGGAGGAGGCAACGAGAGAGAACGAAAGUUAGAUUAUUUUUGAGCAAAGCCGUAUGCUCUUCCCCUCUCCUCCUUUUUUUUUUUUUUUUUUUUUGUAGAAGGGUGAUCAAAGAAGAAAACGAGUUGGCUUGGUUGGUUGUGUAUUUGUGCAGAUGCAUGCUAUGUUGAAGUUUAGAAAAAAAAAAAACGGCCUUUUGAGUCACCGACUCGCCCUCACACGAAACCCCCGCAGCAGCCCGUUCACGAGUUCAGUCAGCAGAGGAGCGAGGCCUGUCGGGUGCUACUGAAAACUCUCACCACAGCACUGUGAAACCUGAAUGUUAGCAAAGAUGCGAUUUAACCUGGAGAUCUUAAAGCCUUAAGAAACUCAGGAACACACGGAGGACGAAUGGGAGCGCCGAGUAUUAAAAGACACAGGUGGGGGGAACGGGAGGAGAGUGCCGUGGCUGGGCGGUGACUCGGGAACGGAUACAGAAAGAUGAGCUGUUAUGGCCAGAGAGAGCGACCUCUCCCACACACCUCUCUUAUUAAACUCCUUUUUUUUAGCCUUUUUUUGGGCUAAUUGUAAAAUUACGAGGAGAAGGGGGGCAAAGACAGAGAGAGGUGUCAGACAGGGCAUCAGGAAAGUUGUGGAUGAAACGGGAAGAAUCAAAACUGUACGUGGAACCAUAGCAGGCGUACUCACAACACAGGGUUUAGGGUAGCAUUUGAAGAGAAGAGGUCAGCCACGACGAUCGCUGUGUUAGGCUCCUCCCUGUGCAUGAUCUCGAUAUCUUAACUCAUCUGUGCUCCAUUUUCCUCCUCCUCCCCCUCAUCCCUAACUCAUGCUGUCUCAUCACUGAUGCCACUCUUUCAGUCGUAUGUUAAAAACCUCAACUUGAAAAUAAAAAAGGAAAAUUAUAUUAUUAAAA